AUGGACAACCUCUUCAGGGGCAUGAGACACGUAGCGGUGUACGUGCACGACAUCCUGGUUACCGGCACCGACGACGGGUACCACCUGCAGAAUCUGCACAAUGUCCUGGCACCACUGCAGGACGCCGGUCUCAAGCUCAAGCUGGAAAAGAGCAUUUUCCUGGCCCCCUGUGUUGAGUACCUAGGACAUCUCAUUUUGCUGGCUGGCUUAGCCCCGGCCCCCCGCAAAUUUGAUGCUAUGCUCAAGGCCCCUAAGCGCCAGAAUAAGAAGGAGCUUCACAGCUACCUCGGCCUCAUCAACUUCUACAAGAGUUUCCUGCCGCACCUGUCGAUCACCUACAGCAGCUCCAUCUUCUGCUUGGAGAUUGUCAGCAAGCAAAGCUACAGCCAGCUGGACAAGGAAGGCCUGGUCCUCAUGCUCUGUGUCGAACGCUUCCACCUGUACCUGUGGGGCCGGAAGUUCGAGGUGGUCACGGACCACAAGGCGCUGUUGGUGCCUGACAAGGCAGUUCCCGUGCAGGCAUCACCUCGGGUGGUACGCUGCGCCUUGAGGCUGCCAGCCCCCAGCUACCAGCUGGUUUACCGUCCGGGAAAGGACCUGGGACCUGCUGAUGCCCUGAACUGGCUGCCCCUGCCCGAGGUGCCUGCUGCUGUUCCAGAACCUGCUGAAGUGUUCAUGCCUGAGUACGCGUACCUGGAGGUGGUGAAGGCAGUGUCCCGUGGGGAGGAAUUGGUUCAGCGGGCCUAUAACCACAAGGCCGCCGAGCUGAGCCCGCAGCACGGCUGCCUACUGUGGGGUUCCAGGGUGGUGAUCCUACAAAGUCUCCGGUCCAUGGUCCUGCUAUUGCUGCACGCGGGUCAUCCUGGCGUGGAAAAGACGGAGAUAGUGGCCCAGUGCCACGUUUGGUGGCCUGGACUGAACCAGGACGUCGCUCGCAUGGUGCAGAGCUGCGACGUCUGCCAGGAGCAUCAGCGGACCUCAGGCCAUGUGGAAAUCACCCCCCGCCGUUCCCACAGGUCCCGCCUGCAUGUGGAUUUUGGGAGGCCCUUCAAGGGCUGCUACUCCCUGGUGGUGGCGGACGCCUUUUCGAAGUGUGUGGAGGUUCCACCUGUCACCACUCCAUUAGCAGGCAGGACCAUUGCGGCGCUGCGACAGGUCUUCGCCGCUGAGGGGGUGCCGGUCGUCAUCGUGUCCGACAAUGGUCCUGCUUUCGCCAGCACAGAGUACCUGGCCUGGCUCACGAAGAACGGAAUUCACCGGAUGAUGGUACUGCCGUACCACCCUGCUUCAAACGGUGCAACCGAGCGGGUGGGGCAGACCAUCAAGGACAAGUUCAAGAAGAGCCAGUCUCAAGAUUUCCGGACGCAAGUUCAGUACCGGACCACACCCCACGAUGCCAUUGGCCGCGCCCCCUGUGAGCUCCUGCUGGGUCGAUGGUCAAGACAACCUUGA